AUGGUGACGACCGCGACGUGUGGGCAGUCGAGCGCAGUCUCGACAAGGCGAACGUCGCUUUAUGGAGUAUGGAACGGUUUUCUGGGAUUCUUGAUGGGAAACCUGGACCUGGGAAGACAAGACGAUCUCAUCUUCAACGGGUCUCCGGCCACCAUCACGGAAGCCCCCUUCAUGGCCUACAUCGACGCGUCUUUCGCUGACGGCAGCAGUGCAGCUUGCAGUGCCUCCGUCGUCGGCGAGCAGUGGAUCCUCACUGCCGCUCACUGCGUCGUCGACAAAAACAACGUUUCGGCCACUCGCGCAACAGCUUAUGUGGGGAAUGCACAGAAGAAGAUCGGAGAGUCUCAUGCUGCAGAUAAAAUCAUACCUAAUGCGGCUUUCGACAAAAAUAAUUUUUUAAACGGGCACGACAUCGCCCUCCUUCACUUGGGGACGCCUCUGACCUUCACCCCGAGCAUCCAGCCGAUCUGCUUCCCCACCACCGACGCCGUCCUGGGCAAGGUCAUCUCCGCCUGCGACCAAAAGAUCUACGGCUGGGGGAAUGUCGACUCUGCAGGCACGACACGAACGGACUUCUUGCAAAAACUGGACGUGACGGUGUCAGCAGACGUCAGUUCCUGCACCUCCCUCACCGACGAGACGAUUAUUUGCGUGCGGGGAGAUGUCGCGAACAGCGGAGCCUGCUACGGUGUUCCGAAGGAUUCUGACCCACCCCCACAAAAUAUGGCUUAA